CACGUGACUGGUUAAGGUUUACUACUACCGGUGUGAAUAAUAUGUGGCCUCGUUUGGGGUAGAGUGGGUGCUACCCUCCCCCAAACACAGCAAUGGAUUCCAGGUGGAAAUUCCCAUUUGGUUCUUCAAAAUCACAACACGAACCGAGCAGAAAACCUCUCCCAGGAAGCUUUUCAAAACCUGCAUCUGUUCAUUCAAACACGUCUCGCGAAUUAAAAGCGCCAAUGCCCGAAAGAAUGACGGCAAGCGGGAGACCGGGAACGUUUAGAAUUGCUAAGGCUACUUCAACGGAAGAUGCCUUGACCAACUGUAUCAUAGUGUCCCCUGAGGAUUUUGGUCAGCAGUAUAUAAUUGUUGAUGAUUAUUUUGUUUUGUCGACGAAGCCGGUACCUGGCUUUCCCAGAGGCUGUCUUGGUGCCUCACAACCCCAACGUGAGUGGGCUGCUUGGUCAUUGAACCAACAAGUUACUGUCGCGUCUUAUGAUCCCUUUUCGCAGAAGAAUUCGUCUUAUUUGAGUAACCUUGACUUGGAACUCUGCUUUCAAAACAGAAAUAGAACAACAAGCGAUGCUUUUGAUGGUGAGGAUAUGGCCAAAAAGUUCAAACAGAGUUAUCAGAAUCAAGUCCUUGCGCCUGGCCAGAAGAUUGUUUUCGACUACCGUUCCUAUAACAUUAAAGCGACAGUUAUUACUGUUACUUGUGCUGAUCUUCUCUUGAGUGAAAAACCAUCUGAUCAGUCACCUAUUAGCAAGGAUCCUCGCACUCGCGGCUUGCUUACUAUGGACACUGAUAUUACAUUCUAUGCUGCAAAAGAGAACGCUGUUCGAUUGAAGGCCAGCAUGAAACGACCAGCGGCUAAUGCCAUCUUGCAGCCCGGUUUCAAAUUCGAGGACAUGGGAAUUGGUGGUCUCGAUGCUGAAUUCAGUGCUAUUUUCCGUCGUGCUUUUGCUUCCCGUAUAUUUCCCCCGGGAAUGAUUGAGAAACUAGGCAUUAGUCAUGUAAAGGGUAUGUUGCUUUAUGGACCACCCGGUACGGGUAAGACUUUAAUUGCCCGUCAAAUUGGUAAAAUGCUGAACGCUCGCGAACCAAAAAUUGUUAAUGGACCUGAAAUCUUGAACAAGUUUGUCGGUCAGUCUGAGGAAAACAUAAGAAAACUUUUUGCGGAUGCCGAGCGAGAGUACCGGGAAAAGGGUGAUGAGUCGGGUCUUCAUAUCAUCAUUUUUGAUGAGUUGGAUGCCAUUUGCAAGAAAAGAGGAAGCUCUGGCGGUGACACUGGUGUUGGUGAUCAAGUUGUUAACCAAUUGCUUGCAAAAAUGGAUGGUGUCGACCAGUUGAAUAACAUUCUCGUUAUUGGUAUGACCAACAGAAAAGAUAUGAUCGACGAAGCAUUGCUUCGUCCUGGCCGUUUGGAAGUUCACAUGGAAAUUUCUCUCCCAGAUGAGAAUGGCCGUUUACAAAUUUUAAAGAUUCACACUGCCAAGAUGCAGGAAAACAAGGUUCUCGACAAAGAUGUUGACCUUGCUGAACUCGCAGCCCUUACUAAAAACUAUUCUGGUGCAGAAAUUAAUGGUUUGGUUAAGAGUGCAACAAGUUUCGCCUUUAACCGUCACAUAAAAGUUGGAACUGUUGCAGGAAUUUCAGAUGAUAUUGAAAACCUUAAAGUCAACCGUGGUGAUUUCUUAAAUGCAUUGACUGAAGUUAGACCUGCUUUUGGCGUUAGUGAAGAGGAACUUGAGAGCUGUAUCCAAGGUGGUAUUGUGAACUUUGGUAAACACAUCGAAGAUAUUAUGACCGAAGGACGGUUGUUCGUUAAGCAGGUAAUGAACAGUGACCGGACGCGUCUUGUUAGUCUUCUUCUUUCCGGACCAAUUUCUUCGGGAAAGACUGCUCUGGCUGCAUCCAUUGCUUUGGCUUCCGAGUUUCCUUAUAUCAAAUUGUUAUCGGCAAACAGCAUGGUUGGUAUGAAUGAAGGUGCUCGUAUUGCUCAUAUCAGUCGAGUCUUCGAGGACAGUUAUCGAAGCCCCUUAAGUGUUAUCGUUGUCGACGACAUUGAGCGUAUUAUAGACUGGGUACCUAUUGGACCCAGAUUCUCGAAUACAAUGUUGCAAACAUUAAUGGUUCUUUUCCGCAAACAACCACCUAAGGGACAUCGACUUCUCGUCAUUGCUACUACUUCGGAACGUAAUGUUUUGCUUCAAAUGAAUAUGGUGUCAUCAUUUGAUGCAGAAAUCGGUGUGCCUAAUGUUACCACCUUUGAGGAACUUGACCGUGUACUUCAAUCUGUUGAUAUAUUUGCAGACAACAAUGUCCGUGCAGGGGCUCUCAAGAGACUGCGCGAGUAUAUUGGUGUUGAUAGAGUCAACGUUGGUGUUGCGAGAAUCCUUAUGAUUGCUGAGACAGCCAAGCAGGAUACUGAUGUGGUUACUUGCUUUAUCGAUUCUUUGGCAAGAAUUAUUCCAGUUGAUAACUAAAACGCUCUUUAUGAAUGUGCUACAACGAUUAGCCAAUUGUUUGGCACAACUUUCAAGAAUUAUGAUAAAGAUUAAGAUUUUUUUCCUUACAUCAGGAAGAAUGCAUGGGUGAUUGAUUUUUUCAUUUCUUUUUUAGUAGAUUUAUGAAUUUCAUUAAAGUUUGGUGAUGCCUUCUUUAUUAAAAAGAUGGUAAUAUGUACAUGAGGAGUGAAACAGAUUUUGAAGUGUGAAUCAAAGAGAAAUUAUAUUAGCCAUUUUGCUUCGCUAUCAUGUGUUUAAAGAACUAACACUACAAAGUUUAUGGUUGGUGAUUAGUUUAUACAUUGCGCUGAUGACAGAUUAAUGAAUAAGAUAUGUAGGAAAGUAAUGGUAAAACAUCUUGCAGAACUGCAUGAGAAUUUUAACAAUCAAAAGUAGAAAGAUUAGAUAAUUGGGACAAAAAUCUUUACUGACAAUUUGUGAACAAUUGCAUUGGCUAUUACGUUUCGCCCUUAAUUCAGUAAUCACAUUCAUGAUUUUCCGUGCCUUCCGCAAAUCAGCAACAAGAAGAAAGAAUUGAUUUAUUAAAAAGUUUACAGUCAGUCCAAAGUCAUCAAGAUGUAUUUUCAAUCAAAUUGUUUAAAAAGAGCGACCCUUUUGAGUGAGUCUUAAAGCUUUACCACAAUUUGUCAUAAAGGCAUCUACGAUCCCACAACCAAUGGCAUCACAAAUUCGGAAUUCCCAACUAAACGUUGGCGUAUUUUUCCCUUUAAAUGAUGCGGUUGUGUUUCUUUGGACAAUAUCACAUUCAAGAGCUUCCCCAUAUGGUCGUUUCUUUAAGUAUCGAACAAUGUCUUGCCGACUGUACUGGAGCAUCUGAGUGAAUACACCUAUUGUUGGCAGUGACACGCCAUAUGUACUGGGUCCUGCGAGGAUAAGUAAACCAAGCUUAAUGAGGAUACGGCGCUCUUGAUCGGAAAAGGGUAAAUUUUGAAUGGGAAAGGUACAACCUUGAAAUUCUUUGGAGGCUUCUUGAAACGAUUGAAUCACUUUUUUCUCUUCGUCUUCAACUAACGUUUGAGCAAUUUUAUCAAGAUACCCCUCGAAAGUAGAUGUCUUAAUUAAGCAAGCCUCACCGGGGAAAUUGUCGGAUCGCUUGAUAUAGAGUUUUUUUAGGGAGCCUUUCUUCAGUAGCAAACUGAGAUUCUGUGAAACAGUAGUGAAGUCAUUUUGGAAUAACCCACUUAGUUGUGACUCAACAACCACUGCCGGGCAGGCUACUACAAGUGUGUCGGCUUGUUUGGUGAACACUUGUUGCUUGUCAAACAUGUUUUUAUGCAAAUACUCUAUUGCUUUUUGCACAUCUUCGGCGCUUCUGCAUCGAAUAGCAGGGUAAAAAGAGGGUAAAGGUUGUAACGGCGUAUGUCCAUCUGUAUUCACGACAUCGCUUUUUGCACUGACCUUUGAAGGAGAUGAUCGCGAACUUGACGUUUUCUUUCGUUUGUAGAACAAAGAUGAAAUUUUUGUUUGCUGUUUUCUUUUGUUUUUGAAAAUAUUAGGCGAGUUCAUGAUGUUGGACAACAGAAACAAUUGUGAAAUUAAAAGUAAAAUUUUUUAGAGAAUUAGAAAACGGGAACAAAAUGAACGGAGUAAGAGGAAUAACGAAGAUCGGUUGGCUAUAGCGAUCCUUCAACGAUUUAAUGACGGCAGAAGACUUCAAAGUCGUCGAGUAUAAAAACAAUUUAAAUUGUGCAGCUUAGAAUCUAAAAAUACAAUAACGAGCAAUUAAAAAUAUAACAGAUUCAUCAGCGCAAACAAUAAAUCGGUUGAUUUUUUAAUUUCGGUUUUUCUCGUUUGUUUGUUCACAUUGGUGGUGAAAGUUGUGAAAUAAACUAUUCCACGUGUGAAGAGAAACGAUGAAAAGGGACGCCGAG